GCCAUUUUGGAAUCCGUCAUUGGAUCGCCACACUCGAAGUUGAUAUCUCUACGUGUUAAGAGAAAGUGUCGUGAAAAAAAGAAGUAGACCUUCGCGCUUAAAUUUGCUAAGUGGAGAAGAAGUAACGACAACCGGGGAUUUAAUUCUUAGUGUUUUUAACAGAAAAUGAGCCAUAAUAACAGGCCACCACCAAGAAUUGACGGAAUGAUUUCACUGAAGGUGGACAAUUUGACAUAUCGCACGACGCCGGAAGAUUUGCGGCGUGUGUUCGAAAGAUGCGGCGAAGUCGGAGAUAUUUACAUACCGCGUGACCGUUUCACGCGUGAGAGCCGCGGAUUCGCGUUCGUAAGAUUCUAUGAUAAACGCGAUGCCGAGGACGCACUUGAAGCCAUGGACGGUCGCGUCCUUGAUGGAAGGGAGCUUCGCGUCCAGAUGGCCCGAUAUGGCCGUCCCACGUCGCCGCAUAGACGAAGCGGUUCAGGACGUGGUGGCGGUGGAGGACGACGACGCAGGUCACGUUCACCGCGUCGUCGCUCCAGAAGUCCGCGAAGGCGAAAUGCCUCGUUCUCGCCAAGGUCGCGUUCUCGAUCAUUCGGAAGUAGAUCGCCUACGAGAAGAGGAAAAUUCUCAAGAUCCCGCAGCCCCGUGGCCAGGAAGUCAUUCAGUCGGAGCAACAGCAGAAACGGACGGAGCGUGUCACGCAGUCCUAGUCGAAGUAGAAGUUAAGAUGCGAUGCCGGGAACCUGACGAAGGCAUGAUGUUGCUAUCUGCAAACAUAGCGAGGACAGUCCCAAGACUGGCUCUGUAUGAAAGGUAUAAAUGAUUUUGUCCACAUAAUUUAGAAUUUAUAUACGAUAUACAUGUUAAGGGUAUACUUUUCAUAAUUACCUUUUUAUUUCUGACCAAAUUUCAUUUAAAGAAAAAAAAAUAGUAAACAAUUUCCAAAACCAUGCAACAGCAAAACAAAAAGAAAAAGCCAAGUCAGACAAGUUUUCCUACAAUCUCUUCUUUUUUUUUGUUUUUUUUUUUUUUUUUAUUAAACCAAUAAUUUAUCCUCUAUUUCGAUAACCUUAUCCUCCCCAAGUGGAGAGUUGCUGCAUUGCUAAAAGUAUGAAUUCACUAAGUUUGAAUUCGCUCUCGAGUGUGCAUUGUAAUAGUUGCGUUUAGUUUGACAGUAAAUAUCAGAGAAAACAUUGAAUAUCGAUGGAAGAUUUUAAUUGAAGAAAAAGUAUUUCUUUCUUGAGACACGAGAAUGAUUCACUCAAUCGAACUAUAAUCAAUAAGUAACUUAGAAAUAGGUUUUCCUUGCAAAUUUGUAAUGUACAAUAGUCCUUAAUGAUGAUUCUUGAUGAUCGAUAAAAUAAAGAAAUAAAUCAUAUUUUAUUUUUAA